AACAGUUGGAGCUUGGAAGAAAAUGGCGUCAGCUAAGUUUCUUGAGGAAGCUCUGAGCACGGACGUUGAUGAAUCCGCUGUUAAUGCAAUUGUUGGUUCACUCGAGACGCAGUUGGUAACAUCAACGCCUGGUAUAACAGUACAACAACCAACAACAGUUGUUGUGAGCCAACACAAUCAUCAAUUAACAAGUGGUAUAUCAAAUGGUGGUAGUAUUCCUGGUGUUCAGAAACAUGGGGUUGCCAAUGGUGGUGGUACAACAUCAGUGAAUAGCCUAAUGACACAGGAAGUAACAAAGUCAAUAGCAACAGCAACACUUAUGCCGGUUGAUGCUGCUACUACCAAUGCAGGAUUACAACAUACAACACAGCAGAAUCAGGUACAGCAGCAGCAGCAGCAGCAGCAGCAGCAGCAUCAGGUUGUGGUGACCACUCAGGCUCACGUACAUGGACAAUUGUCUGGAUACAUCAAUCAAGUUACAACCAAUCAGGUGACGACUAAUCAAACAAACUUGCAGAGCUUGAGCAAGACACAUGAUUCCGUCAAGAUAAUAUCGUAUCCAGCAUCGGGUGGACAAGUGAUAGCAACGACUGGCGUUGUUAAUAACAAGAUAACCUUUCCUGGACAACUGGCUAAUGGUACUAUUGGUGUUGCUCAGACAGCUGUUCUCCAGACAACCUCAAAUGUUGUUAGCAAUGUUGUGGGCACUGUGACGCAGACUGUUGGCGGUCAGACUGUGGCUAAUGUGGCUAAUGUCAAUAAGACAACUGGAACAGCUUUAGUGAUUAAAACGAGUGUUGCACAGGGGGGUAUGGUGUCAGUACCAAUGUCAGUACCAGUAUCAGUUACUGGCAAUACUGCCGGUACAACGUUACAGGGUAAACAGGUUGCAUCAACUAUUGUACCGAGUAAUGUGCAGAUUGUCAAUGUCAAUGCCAUGAGGCCUGGUACACCGGUAUCAGGACAACAGCCAGGCAAACAGGUUGCCAACAGAGUUGUACUGGGACCGCACAUCGUUGGUACGAGACCUGGUGCACCUGGGAUCACUCUUCAAGCUCUUCAGGGUCUUGCUUCUGGUGCCCAGGGUCAUCUUAUCGUUAAAACUGAGAAUGGACAGUAUCAACUGCUGAGGGUCGGACCAGCACCCACGGCUGGAACACCUGGUGGUGGUGCUGUCACUGCCAACAGUAUUGGCGGGAACACUGUUAUUGGCCCACCAGCUGGAACAACUUAUCGUCUUGCCUCGGUACCAGCUGUAAGUAGGCUGAACGCACAGUUCACUGGUCCACCACUCGCCACCAUAAGAAAACCCGUUCAGACGGUAGCUCCGAUAGUAACAACUACGACGGUAACACCGGCCACAGUAACAGCAGCAGCUCCAACGACUGUAACACCUCCCACAACAACUGCUCAAACCCCUCAAACUCCCGCACAGGUAAAACGUCAAACCACUGAUAAUACCAAAGAAAAGUGUCGUAAAUUCUUAGCAAACUUGUUAGAGUUGUCUAGUCGGGAACCUAAGCAAGUGGAACGUAAUGUGCGGACGUUGAUACAAGAGUUAAUUGAUACUAGAGUUGAACCCGAGGAGUUUUGUGAUAGACUCGAGAAAUUAUUGAAUGCAUCACCACAACCAUGUCUCAUUGGUUUUCUCAAGAAAAGUUUGCCAUUGCUGCGGCAGUCACUAGUUACACGAGAAUUGGUCAUCGAGGGAAUAAGACCACCACCUCCAAAUGUUGUGUUUUCAAUAGCAACGACGGCAUCUCAAAUUCAACAGAAUCAGAUAAGGCCAACGGUGGCAGUGGCCCAGUCAGUUCCUGUUGUGAUGACGAGUUCAGCAGCUCCUCUGAGAGUGAUGGCACCUCCAGCUGGAGUUGUCACAACUCCGACCCCUCGGAUACCCCAAACUGUUCAACAGAGACUGAUACGACCAGUAACGACAAUAGUCCGCACCCCUACGCCUUACACCGUUAAAUCAACGGUGGCAGUUGCGGGUGUACGAUCAUCCACUCCAACUGUACAAAAAGUACCAGUAACAACGACAAGUGUUGCUAAAACAACAACACCUGUUACCCAAGGUAAAACUGUCAACACCGCCACUACUGUUAGCAAAACCAUUGUGCCUUCUCUCACGCCAAAACCAGCGAUCAAAGAGAAAGAAAAAAAGACUUUUUCGUCGGCAGGCUAUACGGGAGACGACGACAUCAACGAUGUAGCAGCAAUGGGAGGGGUGAAUCUCGCUGAGGAGUCUCAGAGAAUCCUUGGAUCCACCGAAUUCGUUGGUACACAGAUACGAUCGUGUAAGGACGAAGUUUUUCUUCAUGUGUCACCCCUUCAGCAGAGGAUUAAACAAAUUGUAACUAGUUAUGGAUUGGAAGAGCCCAAUCAAGAAGUAGCCGCGUUAAUAUCACAUGCAACUCAGGAAAGAUUAAAAAAUUUGGUGGAGAAACUGGCGGUUAUUGCAGAGCAUCGGAUAGAUCUCAUUAAGGUUGAUCCGAGAUACGAAGUGACGCAAGAUGUGCGAGCCCAACUGAAAUUCCUGGAGGAGCUCGACAGGGUUGAGCGCAGAAGGCACGAAGAACAAGAGCGUGAACUCCUCCUCAGAGCUGCCAAGAGUCGUGCUAAAACCGAGGAUCCUGAGCAGGCCAAGUUGAAAGCAAAGGCCAAAGAGAUGCAACGGGCAGAGAUGGAGGAGUUACGUCAGCGCGAGGCAAACCUGACAGCACUGCAGGCAAUUGGACCCCGUAAAAAGCCAAAAUUGGAUGGGUCUGGUACAGGAAGCAGUUCAGGCACAAGUGGCAGUGGUUUGUUAGCCUCGGCAACCGGAAUGAACCGGCAGAUGCCACUGAGGCCACGUUUAAAACGAGUUAACUUCCGGGAUUUACUGUUUCUCCUGGAGCAGGAGAAAGAGACGUGUAGAAGUACAACACUCUACAAAGCAUACCUGAAGUGAUGCACUUUGUUGGGCAGGAACGCUAGUUACCCGCCCAAUAACUGGCGAUCAACUCUCGUGGUCUUGCAUGAGCUGGACUCAGUGGACCUCAUCUGGCACUGCAUCGAUGUUGCAAUGUUUAAAGGGAUUAAAAUUGCGUACAAUUUUUUAAAGAAAACAUUAUAAAUCACUCGUUAUGUGAUCGACAUGGUGGGUUCACUUUUUCAUUUCCAAAAUCCCUGAAGGAGGAAUUUAAUCAUGUCGAUUUGACAAAGAUAAAUGCAAAACUUCCCACUAAUGUAAAUGACUGAAAAAAAAAACAAAUUUUUUAAUGUAAUAUAAUAUAGAUUGCUCUUUAUUUUUCAUGAGAAAGAAAAUGAAAUGAAACAGAAACAAUGUGAGUGAGUGGUCUUCAUGGUGAGGUGAUUAUGAUGGUUUGGACAAUUGUGUUUUCUAGUUUCAGUAAGAAGUGAUGUACAUUGCUACGUUAUGUAUGCCUCAGCAUCGUGAAUAAUUUGACCUGUACUUUUGGACACUGGUUACUUGAACCGGUGUAGAUUUUUUAUUUCUAGGUUUUCCGCUCUUUGAUUUAUGACAAUUUUUUCUCCUUUAAGUUAGUAGAAAGAUAUUUUUGCAAUUAUUGAAUGAUUAACGGAUUGUAAAGUACGAGGUAGCACAUUGUCCAAAAAGUAUGGAAUAAAUUGUACAUUACACGUAAAAUUUACUAAAAAAAAAUUAAUAAUUAAUGUAGGAAUAAUUUUGUCAUGUUGGUACAACAGAUUACAGCCACUCGAUUAUUCUCCACCGUGUGAUGGGAAAUUGUUAUCGGCGUAUUAUGUUGCAAUCUACGUUAUCAGUGUUUAUGGAAUUGAGGGAGUUAGCUGUUACGUUUUUUUUUUUAUUUAAAAGGAAGAAUACUUUGUACAAAUAACAUUAGAUGAUGAAAUGAUUAAACACGAUUAUUUUUACAGCACUUUAAUUGAAAGUUUUGUCUUCAUUCACAUCAGUAAUCAAAGCUUUUUCUACUUCUGUCGUGAAAAUUUAAUAAAAACAAUCGUGUACCUGAUUUAUAUUAGUAAAGUAAUUGAGAACAAAAGCAUUAGUCUUUAAUUUGUCAUCAUUAGUCUAUCUCUAUUUUCUCGUAAUUAUUUUCUGUUCAAUUCUCAACGAUUCAACAAGUUGGGAGAAUGCGAGUGAGCAAUCCUUUGUACCACUGACUGAUAUAAAUAAAAAGUUGAAGGUCACACUUUUUAUACAGAAAAGGACCCGAAGGGUUCACCUAAAGAUAAAUAAAAAAAAAAUUACAGUUAAAAAGAAUAAAAGUUGAGAGUAAAAAUCCACUGCAUACGCUUUAAUUUUUCGACUCUAUCCGCCUGCGAUGUCACUGUGAAGACUCGAAAAAAAAAUCGUCAGUUCUACCCCUCACAAGUGAUUGAAUUGAAGUUGUUUCGUUCAUCGAGACAUGUUGUUUGUAUAGUUGCAAUGUACAGUUUAAUGUAAAGAUAAUUGACGAGAAAGGUAAAUCGAAGCUUCGACGAAAAUAAUCACAAGAAUAAAAAUUGUGUUUAUGAUUUAGUGGUCAAGAGGUGAAACGAUUCAGAAUCAUUAAAUUUCCUCAGUAUUUUAAGAAUAUCUCGAAUCGCUUCAUUCCCUUGCUCCUCAACUUUCGAAUAGGAAACAUUGAGUUGCAUGACAAUCAUUGUAUUGCACGCAAUUGAGAAUGCAUCAUUAUACUGAAAUCAAAAGGAUAAAUUGAAUCAAGAAAUUAAUUUAAAAUUCUGCACUUUCUGCAAUCAAGUGGAAUUUAUUUCAGUAACAAAGUGCUAAAGUGGGAAUAGUCGAAAGUCGAUUUAAUCAUCGAUUUAUCUGGGAAUCUAUCGAUUUGAGGUGGAAAUGUUGAAAUACUUUUUUGUAGCUUAUGAAAUUGUCCACAAAAAAGGUCUUUUUGCAUUUUUCCGUACAAUCAAUAGUUCUCAGAUUAAUCGAUACUUAACAGAUUGAAAUGAUCUCAUUUUAGAUCUUCGCCACUGAUUUCCUCUGCGUGACUGUGAUUUUACGUUCCCCUUAAAACGCAUCUCAUUCACUCGAUGAACUAGUCUCGUCGAAGAUUUGAAUUGAAUAACAAUUAAAAUUGCGUGCGUAACACUCGUUUCCACACUGUAAAUAAUAGUUAAUAAUACCAACUAAUUAACGAUGAUUAAUCCUCACGUACUGUCGAUUACUGUAAAAUAUUAUGUGAAGCGUUCAAGAUUUUCAGAGAGGUAAAAAAAAA